AUGUUAUCCGAAGAAGUUGUCUCCUUUAAAGGUGAAAAGGGUGAAUACUUAGAGGAAUGGGAGUUGGAGGCUAGAUUGGAAGCCGCGUUGAUCGCCUUCCACUCUCCUUACCCAGAGGUGAGAUCUGUUACGGAUCCUUAUGACGAUCCAACUAUUCCCGUGGAAACAUUCAGAGCGUACUUGUUUAUCUUUGUUUGGACGAUGCUUACAACUGGUAUCUAUGAAUUCUUUCGCCACAGACAGUCGGCAAUUUCCCUUCCAACCAACGUUGUCCAGAUGUUGAUGUAUCCACUUGGGACGCUCAUUGCUUAUUUAUUGCCAGAUUGGGGAUUCACCAUUAAGGGUCAACGCUAUACCAUUAAUCCUGGUCCAUACACCUACAAAGAACAGAUGUUUGCUACUAUCUGCAUUUCUGCUGCCGGCGGUGCUUACGCUUCCUACAGCUUUUUUUCUCUAAAGUUGAAUUUGUUUUACGAUUUUGAGUGGGUUAGUUUUGGAUAUCAGGUUUUGUUGAUUUUGAGUACUCAAUUCAUGGGAUUUGGGUUUGCCGGUAUCUUCCGUAAGAUUUGUGUUUACCCUGUUCGUGCCAUGUGGCCAACCUUGUUGCCAACCUUGGCAUUGAACAGAGCAUUGAUGAAGGAUGAGAAGCGCGAGGUUAUCAAUGGCUGGAAAAUUUCUCGCUUCAACUUUUUCUAUAUUGCCUUUGGCGGGGUGUUCUUGUAUUUCUGGUUGCCUAACUAUCUCUUCUCGGCGUUGGCCACCUUCAACUGGAUUACCUGGAUUGCUCCAAACAACUUCAACUUAGCUGCCAUCACGGGUACCUUUUACGGCAUGGGUAUCAACCCUAUCGCUACUUUCGAUUGGAAUUAUAUAGAUGGUAUGUCUCUCCUUGUCGUUCCAUGGUACUCCAAUGUUAACCAGUAUAUUGGUAUGGUUAUUGCAACCUUACUCGUCAUCGCAAUAUACUGGUCAAAUCAUCUCUGGUCUGGAUACCUCCCAAUUAAUACCAAUACGUUGUACACCAAUACGGGGGAGCCAUUUAGGGUCACUGAGAUCUUAACAAAUG